AUGAUUCAGUUGAAUAAAACACAAGGUUUAUUAAAUAGAGAAGAAUUGCAAGAAAAUCUUCUACAAAUUCGCUCAAAAACUUCUCCAAAAAUUCAAGAAGAAGCUGCUUUAUUUGUUAUUUCACGACUAAUUCCAAACCAUACUCAUUUAUUUGCUGUAGAAAUUUCAAAUGAUCAUAUUAAAAAGUCCCGCUAUUUUGAGCUAAUCAAGUAUCCCAAUAUAUCAACUGUUUUAAUACGGGCGAGUGAUGGUGUUUCUGCCUGUAAAGGAUUCUAUCAUUAUAUUAAGUACAAAUUAAAAUGUCACAUUUCAUGGACGGAAACACGCAUUGUUAUUCCAAAUGUGCUACCAGAAAUUAAUAUGAGAUCAGAAAGUUUAAGCUCAUUUAUUUAUCAUCAAAACGUUUGUACAUGGGGUUAUAGUUUUGUAUGGUGGACUUGGCAUGAUUGGAGACGACAUAUUGAUUGGAUGGCUUUGAUGGGUAUUUCUAUGUCAAUAGCUCCCAUUCAAGAAGAAAUCUGGACACGAGUUUACAAGAAUUUUGGUUUAACUAAAGAGGAAAUCGAUAAUCAUUUAGCUGGCCCAGCUUUUCUUCCAUGGCUGCGAAUGGGAAAUAUUAGGGGAUGGGGUGGUCCUCUGAGUAACAAUUUCAAAUUGCAGCAAAUGAAACUACAAAAAAAAAUAAUAAAAGCAUGUCGAGAUCUAGGUAUAACAAUUGCUAUUCCAGGAUUUGAUGGGCAUCUUCCAAAGGCGAUGAAAAGAAUUUUUCCAAACACAACAUUAACUCCUGUCAAUUGUUGGAAUAAAUUUACAGAACAGUAUUGCUGCCCAUUAUUUUUAGAUCCAGAAGAACAACAAUUUAAAAUAAUUGGAGAAGCGUUUUUAAAGGAAAUUGUUAAGGAAUAUGGAACAGAUCAUUUAUAUUUUGUAGAUCCAUUUAACGAAGUUGAACCCAGAUUACCAAGUCCUGAAUAUUUAUCAAAAUCAGCUAUUAAUAUUUAUGAAACGAUAAAAGCAGUUGAUAAUAUGGGAAUUUGGUUACUUCAAGGUUGGAUGUUUGUGGAAAAUCCAUUCUGGUCCAAAGAGUUAAUCAAAUCCUUCUUGACAGCUGUCCCACAAGGAAAAAUUAUAGUUCUUGACUUGAUGUCAGAACAGUUUCCACAAUACGAAAGAACUGAAUCUUACUAUGGACAACCAUUUAUAUGGUGUAUGCUGCAUAAUUUUGGUGGAACACUUGGAAUGCAUGGUUCUUUAAAUAUCGUGAACACAAGAAUUGGUAUUACCAUAAACAUGGAAAAUAGCACAAUGAUAGGAGUUGGUAUCACCCCCGAAGGAAUAAAUCAAAAUUAUGGCAUAUAUGAAUUUGCUUUAGAAAGAGGUUGGGAACAUAAAGAUUUCAAUGUAAAAGACUGGUUUUAUAAAUAUAUUGAAGCAAGAUAUGGUAUUAAAGACGAAUAUUUAGAAAAUGCCUGGGAAAUAGUGCUUAGAACUGUUUAUUCUUACAGAGGGUUAAUAAAAUUACACGGAAAAUAUACAAUAACAAGGCGACCGAGUUUAAAGAUUGAACCAUACAGUUGGUACGAUCCUGAAGACUUUAAGAAUUCUUUGAAAUUUAUGUUGGAAGCAAAUUCCUCCGUUUAUAAUAAUCCAUUAUACCAAUAUGAUUUGGUAGAUAUUACUAGACAAUUUUUGCAGCUUGUAGCCGAUAAAUUGUACUUCAAGUUGAAAGAAUCAUAUAAAACCAAAAAUUUAACUUCAUUAGAAGAAACUAUUCAAAGUAUGAUUAUUUGUUUUAACGACUUAGAAAACAUUUUAGCAAGUAAUAAGGGUUUCCUACUUGGAAAUUGGUUAUCAUCAGCGAAAAACAUAGCCACAACAGAAUUAGAAAGCGAAAUAUAUGAAUUAAAUGCAAGAAAUCAAAUAACAUUAUGGGGUCCAAAUGGACAAAUAAGUGACUACGCUGGUAAGCAAUGGUCUGGAAUUGCAAAAGAUUACUUUUUACCUAGGUGGAAACUUUUCUUUAGCGAAUUAAAGAAAGCCAUUAAAAGGGGAAAAAAUUUUAGUGAGGGAAGGUUUAAAAAAAAAGUUUUAAGAGAAGUUGAACAUCCAUUUACCGUUUCAAAAAAAAUAUAUUCUACUACUGCACAAGGAAACACGACAAAGAUUGCAAGAGAUAUCUGGAAUUUUUGGAAUAAUCUCACAUUGACUAAAUCGGAUACUUCAUGGUAAAAUAAGGAAACAUUUACGGCUCUGAAUGUAAUUUCAAUUUAAAGAUUUAAAAUUAAUUUAAAUUAAUAUGGCGCAAUUAUUUUAAAAAAAUGUUUUUUAACAUUUAA